UCAGAUUAAUCUUCGGAUACUUUAUCAAGAAUAAUAUCUAAUCAUAUUUGAGUGAGAUGUUUGCAGUUAGCAGAGGAUAGUGUUAGGAGCAGAUCAUCUUUGACAGUUGGAUUAAGUUAAAUUAAGAUAUUUAAAAGAUUGUUUUUGUUGCUCUGGCAUGCAUUAAGCUAUGACCAGAUUUGCGCUGCUAUCGGCAAUCGUUGCCCUGCACUUUGCUGCAGUGCUUUCCAUCAACUUCAUGGGCGGGAAUGGAAAUGGAAUUUCUGCCCAUUUGACUUCUGCGAAGCCGACAAAAGCUGAUUCCCCCGGAUUGCAUGGAACGAGAGCACAUGAUUCAAACGCUACUUGGUGGAGGCAGGACGAUUCUUCAGAAGCAACCUCGAUUGAUCCUCCCAUUCCAAUUGUGACAAAUUAUUCGAAAUUUGAUCUGGAGAGCAGAGAAAUUGAAAAUAUUAGAGACGUUUUACUCAAAGUCGCCGAAAAGGAUUACGAUGAGGAUGUAGCUUAUACUAAAUCGUUGGAUCAUCCAGCAGGUGGUUCGAAGGUCAUCAAUAGAUAUGAAAGAGUUUCACAUGGAAAUUAUACUUUGGAUUUAGAUGAUAAUUCAUUGAGUAAUCAAGAAGUUAACAAUAUCAUGGAUAACAAAUCAAUUGAAAUUACCUUAAAAUCCCCAAAUAAUUCUUUAAAUCAAGAACUGGAAACUAAUUCAUCAAUCAAUUUAACAACUAGAAACGAAAAUAUUGAAAGAAAUCUGAAAAAUUUCACAAUUAGUGAAAAUAAAUUAAUCUCCUCGGAAAAUCAAGAAUUGCACAAUGGAAAUGAUACUGGAUUGAAUUUAGAGGAAAACGAUGAUUCCAAGAACAUUUUGGAAAAUUUAAAUUUGAACGGAUCUUCUAGGAUUUCUCAUCAGGAAUUUGAGCUUCAAAUGGAUUUUGGACCAAUAUUGAAUAAUAUUAACGAAUCUAUAGUUUCUAUAGAAACCACACAAUCUACAGGAAGUACACAAUCUACAAAAUUUAAGCAACCUAUAGUAUCCAAAAAAAAUUCACAAUCCACAGAAACCACAGAAUCUAUACAACUUACAGAUUCUACAGGACCUGAAGGUUCUACACCAUCUAUAGAAUAUAAAGAAUUCUCAGAAUCUAUACAACCUAAAGAAUCUAUAAAACUUGAACAAUCUAUAAAACAUACUGAAUCUGAAGGUUUAAAUACUGAAACAAGUUCUAUAAACAUAGUGAAGAUAUAUAACUUAACACAAAAUUCUGAAACCGUUGAAAUUGAUUUACAAAAUAAUACUUUCUUACCACUUAAUUCUAGUAUUAAUUUGGAUAUAAUUCAUGAAAAUAAUUCUGAAAACCCAUCAAACUUUCAGGAAAUGGAUGAUGUAGAAAAUAAUUUAGAAAUAUUUAAUGAUAAUAAAUCCUUGAUUAUUUCUGAUGAGCUUGGACCAAUAAUGAAGGAUAACAUAACUGUUAAAUUGAUGGACGAAGAAUUAAAUAAUGGAACUAAUUUAGAUUACAUAAUUAAUACCAAUGAAACUUUCGAAAAUGAUACAGGCGUUGACGAUGGUGCUCAGAGGAUUGAAAUAAAUGAAGAACUUGCAAGAAAUUCAGGAUCAUCCAUUACUGCUAAAAACUACGUUGAAAGUCGUAGGAUUAAAAUAAAUGAUUCGAAUUCGCUGAGCAAAAACCGGAGCGAAACUAAUCUAUUAAAGGUCGUAGGUAAUUUAAGGGCAACGAACGAUGAUUCGAGGAGCAAAAACUGGAAAGAGAAAUACGUUCAUUCAAAGGAAACUACAAUUGAAAGACCGGAAAUCUCACUGGAGAGAAAGAAUGGAAAUUGGAAAAUAUUUAAUAAUAUACCGGUCAGAAUUAAUAAUCUGAAUAGCGAUGAUUCAAUUGAGGACGAAGGAAUUGAUCAUAAAUCUUUGGAGGCGUUAAAUGAAAGAUCCCACGAACUGUAUUUCCGAGAUGAGAUUUUAAAUGAUGUGGAGGUUGCUGGAAUGCAUUAUUCGGAAUCCGGGGUGGCGAAUAAUAAUGGGGAAGGUCAAUUAAUCAAGGCUGCGUCGGUUUUUGUACCGGAUUAUCCACGUGGCAAUGAUGAUGUUGAUAAGAAGGUGGUGGUGGUGACGGGACAAUACGAGGGUGGCGCGAAGGUCCCACAACCCUUCGGCGAGAGUGCGACGACCAAAAGAGCGAUGAUUAAAAGGUCACGUCCGUCAAUGGAUCAAUCGUCACGUGGUAAUGAGAACUCCGGCAAAGAGAAAACAGCAUCUACUGAAGCCGCACCGCAAACAACUGACGCCGCUGUAAAGGGAUCAAAGGAAAGAAGUUCAACGUCGUUGGGAGUAAAGUCGUCGACUGUUUUAUUCGUCGGUCCCCAGGACGACGUUAGGACGACGACUGCUAUACAGCCGACCAGGGAUCAACUCCCGACAAACUCAAACUAUUAUCUUACAACAAGAAAGGAUGCAACCGAAUCAACAACGAGCAGCGAUAAAUUCGUUGCAACCGAAUGUCCCAAUUGCACAUGGAUUGCCGCUGUAUCGAAUACAACAGUUGCUGCCGUCUCCUCCACAUCCAUGACCUCCGAAUCGAUAAGUGAAGAGCAAACUGAGACAAUUGAAAAUACAACGUCUUAUGCAAAUACUAGUAUCAGUGAUGACGAAAGGACGAAUUCCUCCCUGAAGGUACCGGAGUUUCCUUGGCCCGUGAAAAGGGAGGCCGUCGUCGAGGGUGAUAUCGUGCUCGGGGGUUUAAUGAUGGUCCACGAGCGUGAGGAUUCCGUGACCUGUGGUCCUAUAAUGCCUCAGGGCGGUAUACAAGCCCUCGAGGCUAUGCUCUACACCCUGGACAUGCUGAACGAGGGUUCGGAUCAGCUGCUGCCCAACGUCACGCUCGGCGCCCACAUCCUUGAUGACUGCGAUAAGGACACCUACGGCCUCGAGAUGGCAGUCGACUUCAUUAAAGGUUAG